AUGUUUUUCUUCACUGCAUUGACAUUUUUAUCCAAAAGUGAGUCUAUCACAUAUGAUGAUGAUAACAUUGUAUAUGUGACAGAAUCUAACUUCACCAAUGUAAUGAAAACGAAACCAGCUGCAAUUCUUUUUAUUCAACAAGGUGAUUUUCAACGUUAUCGAUACUUAUCAGACUUUAUAUCAGCUAGUUCGUAUAUAGGUACGAGAUGUUACUUUGCUAUCAUGGAUGGCGAUCGAAAUAAGUAUUUUGUUCAGCAAUUACAUCUCAAACACACAAAAGGCUACUAUUUUUAUAGAUAUGGUGAAUUUGUAGAAGAAUACAAAGGAGAUCCCUCUCCAGAUAGUAUAUAUAAAUAUGCGAUGGAAAAAACAGGACUUCCGUUCACAACUUUUGAUGACUAUCCUACAGCGCAAGAGUUCAUCGAAUCUCAUCCAAUAUCGGUAGUUCUCUUUGAAAAAAAGGCUGGUGGCCCUCUUUUCGAAAAAUUUAAUGAAAUUGCCGAGCGAAACAGAGAUAACUACGCUUUUGGCUGUUCUCCUGAUCCAGAUGUUACCUAUGAGCUUCGUAUCAGAUACGUACCAUCAAUUGUGCUUUACAGAAAUACAGAUAAGUCAAAAGUAUUUUAUCCUUACAAUUUAACAGAAGGAACAGUCGAAAACAUUACAGAAUGGAUUGAACAGAACAAGAAUCCUAAUUACGAGAUAUUUAAUAUCAAUAACCAGCAAAUUUACGAACAAACCAAAGAAUUAGGUUUAUUCUUUACUCCUGUCGAACAAGAAGACCUCGAUAAAGCCCUUAGAACAAUAUCAAUGGUAACAACCCAGUACAAGAACAAAUUACGGUUCGCAGUCAUUGAUGCAGUUAAUGGAAACAGAUUUAUGCAAAGUAUAGGGUUCAGCCGUUACGCGGACCCUGCAUUUUGUGUUCUAAACUAUACAGGCAAGAGAGUUAUUAAGUAUUUGUACACAGAAGGAAGCGAAUUUCGGCCAAAACAAAUUUUGCACUUUAUUGAUGAAGUAUUUGCCGGAAAUAUCAACCAGACAAUCAGGUGCUCAGAACUUCCACAGAAUAAUACUGAUAUUGUCUCUGAAAUUAACUCAAAAACGAUGAAAUCUAAAAUUCAAGAUUACAAUUGUCAGACCGUUAUCUUGUUUUACGAAGAAUGGGACAGACUGUAUUCAGAUUUCCUUCCGAUUUUCAGAGAAAUCGCCGCGGAAUUUCCGAAUUUGCAAUUUGCAAAGAUGGAUGCAAGUAAGAACGACAUUUUGUACGGCCACAUGCUUCCUUCUACUCCUUGUAUUAAGAUUUUUGGAUCAGAUCCGAAAUCAAAGACAUUUACAUACACAAAGAAGUUAUUAAAGGAACCAGUGACAAAAUGGAUCAAAAGGAAGCUUCAGAAGAAGGAUGAGUUAUAA